AUCUGCAGCCGGGCCGUGCAAACCUGCUGACCAGCUGAAAAGAGACAGAUAACAGGGAAACAGGGACUCCCCUGGCAAAAGAGUCCCUACAGAUGGAGGACGGAGCAGGAAACCUCCCCAGUGCCACUGGGUCUAAUGUGGAAACUCAGUCAAAGGAGGAAGUUGCAACCAAAAGAGUUCAUAAAAGAAAUAAGGAACAAGGACCAACCGAUCUCAGCAGAAAAGCUCGAGACAAAGAGAGAAGGAAAAGGAGGAAUCAAAGAAGAAAAAAGAGCACCUCAAACGUAAAAGGAGAUGCAGGUGGCAAAGGUGAAAACACAGACACUAGCAAGAUAGAGGUUUUGGAGACUACAAGCAUCCAAACUCAGGAGAGUGUGCCGAUAGAAACACAACAUGUCAAUCCCCAAGCGGGAGCCACGUUAGAAAACAGUGGAGAACAACGCCUCAAAGAUGCUAAGAUGGUGCAAGCUCAGACUCAAACAAGGAAACUUAAAGGUAAAGACAAAUCUGCUCAAACUCAGGUUGUUAUUCAGAGCGACCAGGAAACACAGACAGAGUUACCUGUGCCAAAACAAGACAACACAAACGACCAGAACAGCGCUGCUGAGUCACAGCUUAAAGAAGAGAAAGACUCACCUGAACCCAAACUGCAAGACGACAACGCUGUUCAGACUCCACUGAGGCAAAAUGAAAGUCCAGACAGUGACAGAGCAUCGUCAGAUUCAGCCAAGGAUGUAAACCUCAAGAAAGAGUCAAAGUCUAAAGAUGAGAAUCCGUCUGCAGGAACCUCAGUUGAUCCCACAGACUCCGAAGCUGACAAGGGUGCCAAACCGAAGUCUUACGCCAGUGCUGUGUCUUCAAAACAGUCCAGUAUGGAAGCUUCCAAAGCAGCAGAUAAAAGCACAAAACCAUCCCAAAGCACACGGGAUCGGAGCCCCGUGAGACCUCCACCUGGUGCUCCCAUGUUCACCUUUCACAUCUACGCUGUGCUGGACAAAAAGUUUAGAUUCAACCAAAAAGAUGACACGCUGGUGCUGUUUCAUGAAGGAAGAUUUUUGCCCUUUGAAAUGAAGCAUUUUGUUGGACUAAAAGAUGGAGGUUAUCUGGUAGAAGCAAGUCUUUCCAUCGAAGAAAGCCACCUGUGGAGAGGCAUCUGGUUGACUUAUUGGUAUGGUGUAAAGCAACGACAAAAAGACAUAACAGGAAUUACCAAAAGACGCGUUCAAAUUCCAGUCGACUCCAACAUUAAAGAGUUGCAUCUUUAUGAGGGCUUCAUUAGUCGGAUGGAGGCUGGUUCCACUAUGCAAAGUUUGUUCCAAAGUGGCCUUCACAUGGUCGGCUGGAAGAAAUCAAAAGGUGUAGAGAUAUCAGACGCCUGGCAGGCCUCUGCGAGAGAUCUGCGCAACUACAUCUUCCAGAAAUGGUCCCCGUCAGACAGACAGAGCACGGAGAGCUUGUGUCUCAACUUGAUGCAUUUUAUGAUGAGUCUCGGUUCUGCACAUACAAGGAUGACAUUCCCAGACGACACACAACCUCCCAUGGUCAAGACGUCAGAGCUGGUUUCAGAGACUUUGGUUCAGAUCUUAAAAGGACAGCCGAAGGAGAAAGACAGAUGGAGGAGCUCCAGUCCUCUUGUUCUGGGCCUGUCUGUUUUCCAGGUGACCAGAAAGUGUAACAUCAACCUUGGAGUGAAAGGCUGGGCUGAGCUGUGUCUGCUGGUGUCCUCAGAGACCGCAAUGGACAAGAAAGACCUGGACGCGUUGCUCACUUCUUUCCAAAGUCCACAACAUACUGUGUUGGGUCUCAUAAACCACUGUGCGCAGCAGAUGGUGUCGGAGCUCGUUCUGCUCGUUCCUCUGCUCUUCAGACUCAGACAGCCGGGAGCUGACGCAACAAAAGUGGGUCCAUCUGUGGAGGAGGAGAACUGGUCUGGACUUCAAAAUGUCUUUUUCUGCAGGUUCAGGGAGAAUAUCCAGUCCCACCCUGACAAAAGGAAGAGAAUGCUGACUUUGAUCAAGACAAACUUGGCUGAAGAGAUGCCUCUGCUCCUGAUGGGCUGGUUGUCUCUGGUCGCUUUUGAGGACCUUCCUGAAUUUUCAGAGCUGACAGGAAUACAUGCAGAACACCUGAUCCAGAGUCUGUUGUACAGACUGCAAAAAUGUGGAGAGGAAAUGGAUAACAACAGAGCACAGGAGAACGUAAAGCACACUCAGAAAACCUUGACCCAUAUACUGCUGAAGGUAGACAAAGAGACGGACAGAAUGACUGAGUCUGGAAAUAUCGUGGCAGCCUUCGAGAGCAGCAUCAGUGUGUUGAAGCGCACAUGUGGAAUCGCACGACUCGUCCCGUGGUACCAGGCCGUAGUCCUGUCCUACCAGCUAGCGUUGAAACUGGCAGAGAUUUUGGAUGCUAAACUGAGGAAAGAGUCCUCGGAAGAGGAGUUUGAGACCUCAAAGCAGAAACUCUUGGCGAAGCUUCGUGCCGUGCAGCAGCGAGUCAGUGAAUGGAGAGAUGGAUUGCUGAAAAAAACCCUUGUGAUGACGCAAUCGCUCACCUACCCGAAGGAAAUUGAGAUGUGGGAUGCACUGCUGAAGGUGGAAUGCUCGCUUGAAGAAGUUUCAUCCACGUGGAGGAUCAGCCUGAAAAAAGACCUGACAAAGAGGAUUUCCAAGGCAAGUGAGGAGGAUCAAGUGCUGGUCUGCUGCCUUGAGCCGUCCAUGGCAGGUAUAAAGAAAAGCCAUGAGGUUGUACAAACCUGUUUCGACGAGCUGUGUCAGUCUGCUAUCAAGACAAUCUGCCAGAGAGGGAAGGAGGGCGACCUGAUGCGGAGUCUGAGCUCUAAGGUGAAGGUUCCCCCUGAUGUCGUCGUGUCUGCUGUUGUGGUGGAGUCAGCAGCACGAUUCAGAGACAACCCUGUUGUCCAGCUGCUCGAUCCACAGUCCGCCAUGAACCACCUGUUGUCUCACGGUGACUGGAAGUCGAUGCAGGUGGAUGACGCUGCAGAGCAGGUUGUCCACAGCUGUCUGGAGACAUUGCAAUCUCUGGUGGAGUCUCUGCUUCAAGGGCACGUGGCCCUGGGACACCUACAGACCUGCCUGAAAUAUAAAGAGCAGUUUAAGAGACUUCACCAGCAGUACAAGAAAAACACCAAAUCCGAGACCGUUCCUGUCAUGGCAGAGGUUGUUUUGGCUCAGAGAGAGCAGGAUUUGAACUCUUUCAUGCUGCGGAAACAGCAGAUGGACACACUGAUAAAGAUGAUAGCAAAGGUUACAGAAAGCAUCACUGUUCCUGAGAUAUCGACUCUCGAGAAGCAGCACAGUGCAGAUCUCCAGACUGUGAGCCUGAACAGGCUGGUGCUGGUUCAGUCCUUUGAUGCUGAGGGGAAGUUGGGGAUGACGGGCCCUCCGCAGAUCCUCUGGUAUAAAACCUGUCUGGAUGUCUUGAAAAUGGCCAGUGAGAUGCACAAACUCCAUCACAGCAGCCUGGUUCUGUCCUUCUGGGUCAAGGGGGCUGCAUCUUUGGCGUCAACGAGGCACCCCUGCCCAGCCCCUGUUCCAGUCACCCUAACACAGAUCUGUGAAAACAUCUGGAAACCACUACUGACAGAGUUCUGUCAGCUUGGAGUCAGCAUUGCAAAUGCUAGCAUCACUUUUAAGCAGCUCGAUCAGGUUUUGGUGGAGUCUGGCGACCAGGGAGACGGGAAACUAAUGAAGAAGGAGCUGAGUCUGAUGUCAGUGACAUUUAGUGAGUCAGGAACGUUCAAACCAGAGGAGAACUGGGUGGAGCUGAGACUCGGUCAGAUCCAGAAGUAUCGACAGCUCCACCAGGCAGCGGCUGCAGCCAGUGUGAUGCUGAAAAUAGCUGAAAAAAUGAAGCUUACUGGGAACUUCACGGAAAUUAACACUCUCGGCCAAAUGGAAGAAGACACAUUUAAGCAGAGGGCCCUGGGGACCCUUAGUGACGGCCUGUUUCGUGCCAAACAGCAACUCUCCACAGUCACCAAGCAGCACACUGACUGUCUUGAAGAGUUUCUAGCAAGCCAAACUCUGGUCAGCUGGGUCAGAGAGAACCUGAAAACUAUGAGCGAUGUGAAGGUUUAUGUCGAGCUGGCCUCCAUAUCUGCUGGAGAGAAUGACACAGAGAUCGACCAGGUGGCCUGCUUCCAUGAUGCAGUGAUGGGCUAUGCCCCUCUGCUCUACUCCCUCCCCCCUCAAGCUGGCUUUGAGGAGUUCAUUAAGUGUGCUCAGCAGGUGUGGGACACCCAAAGAAGAGAUGAGAAGCUACCAGACAAAUUGAGAGAGUCUACUCGAUUGCUGAGCUGGCUGAAAGCAUUAAAGGAGACCCACGGCUCUGUGGAGCAAUCCUCUCUCUCCCUGGCUUCUUCUAUUAAUGCUCAUGGAGUUUAUCACAUAGGAUGGUCUGAUGAAAACACAGACAAGAGAUGUCUACAAAACAUGGUACAUGUCACAGUGAGAAAGGGCAGAGAGGAGAAGAGCUACAAGCUUGAAGACCUGCUGGAGCUACAGAACAAGCUCAUGCUCAUGUCGUCCAAAGGGGAGCACGGCAGAGAACAAGUCAACAGGUUCACAGAGGUUUUUGAAGGAGUUCAGAGACUGGGCACCAUUCUUCUUCAGAUGCAAACAUCCGGCAACAUGCUCUUCAGGAAAUGGCAGGCUGAGGUCCAGUGCAGCCCACAACAGCAACCGUGUAUCAAAGUUACCUUCUUAUCCCUGAUGGGUAAAGAGAUGGUGUACCACGGCGAGGUGACCGAGCAGCUACGAAAGCUGGCUAACUCCAUGGAAAGCUGCCAAAAAGAAUGGCGUUCCUUCAUUAGUGAGAUGCGCUCCAACUUCAGUUUGCUGAACCACUACACCUCAGAGCAGCUGGUGUACCUGUGUCACUGGAUACACAAAGUGUGUGAACGACAGGUGCCAGCUCCUGCACAGUUAUGGCAUUUACUUUUUCCCAUAAAGCCUCAGUGCACUCAUACUGAUGUGAGAGUCGCUUACAGUAAUGCAGCAAGUAAAACCUCAGAGUUUUAUGAAUUGGAAGAUGUUGAGUUUGACAAUGAAGAUCAAGAUUACAAACCUUCUACGGACUUAACACCAGCUUCACCGGGACACUCUGAAGAGGACAUCGAAGAGGCCCGUGAUUUGAUGGAAUUUUCUUCAGAGGAUGAAGAUGAUGAUGCCGCGGAGGGCUCACCGCUCAGACACACUGAUGGCAUCAGGAAGUGCAAUGAGGACAGUCUUGAAAAGCUCUGGCGUAAAUUCAAGGACGACAUGCCACAGUACCUCAACGAGUACUUGGACAUCCCGUCUUUGGCCCAUUUCCUCUUUUGCCUCUCUGAAAUGAACCAGCAACACAUGAUCAGGAACCUUCCACUGGUUCUCCAGGAGGGAAAGCCCAAUCUUGUGGUUUGUCCCAGUGCAGAAGUUUUUACCACCAUCCUGUCUUUUUACAUGGAGAGUCCAGAGCAGCCUCUGCCAUCUACUGAUGAGGUUCUAGUCUGCAGAGAGGAAACCACAGAGGAGGAGGUGGAGAUCUUUCUCCGCAGAGCUCUUGGCCAGGGCUCCGGACAAAACUCGCAGAAGAUUUACUCUCUUGUCAAUCCAGGGCUGCUGGGAUAUGAUGUCAGUGUGGUUUUGGGGGAUCUCUUCGAGAGUCUUGAGAGAAGUGCCAACCCGCAUUACCGUUUGAUAAUAGUCAGUCCGGUUGAGCACCAGCACCGAUAUGUGCCCUCUUUCUUCAGCACUGACAAAGUACAGGCUGGUGUGAGUCUAACAGCAGAGACUGCCAGGAAAUAUCUACUUCACCACUUCAGACAAAGCAAGGUUCCACAAAGCCCUGUCUCACUGGUUUCUCCACAUCAGCUCUCAGUCUGGAUGGUGUCAUCUUUUCGCCCGGCAGUUGGGAAAUCCCUUUAUGUGGAUCGUUUGUUUGAGAAGUUCCAGCAGAUAUCUCCCAGAGCAGAACACAUUAGGAUCAGACUGAUUGAGCCAUGUGUUGAUACAGACUCCUUGAUUAAGAGUCUAUCAGAGAAACUGGCAAGCUUGAGAGAACAGGACCCUGUUCUCCUGCACAUUGACACCGCUGGAGUUCGUUCAGGUCUGGAAGAGCUCCUGUUCCAUCUGCUAGUUUUGGGCUGUUUGAGCGACAGCCAUGGCAUGCUGUGGAGAAGGAAUGUAGCUCACUUGAUCACUGUUGAGGUCAUGAGAACAUACACAUCCGCUCAAACCCAAACAAAAGAGAUGAAACUUGGACUUCUUGACAUUCUGCCUACCAUCCAAUGUAGACCUCCAAAAGAGGUGAAGCAGUUGUUGGCCAAUAGAGAUCUGUUGAGAAAACAGAACUUGGAUCCACUCAUGGAUGAGCAGGAGUUUUGCAGUGAGGGAAUUCAAAGACCUUACCAAUACUUAAAGCUCUACAAAAAAAAUCAGAAUCUGGAUCAUUUUAACUACCAGGAACGAUCUAUAACGGGGGAUCCCAGUGAUUGUGUCAAUCAUUUUCUGUCAUACUGUGGAAUGCAAGAUCCAUCUUGGGCUGAGCUGAAGAACUUCUCCUGGUUCCUCAAUGUGCAAUUGAAAGACUGUGAGAACUCAAUUUUCUGUGACCCAGAUUUUCUGGCUGACCAGCUACCUGGUUUCAAGGGCUUCAUUGUGAAGUUCAUGAUCCUAAUGGCAAGAGAUUUUGCCUCACCAUCGCUGAACACACCUGAACGUCCCAUGCCGCAAAUUGAAAACAGUUUGGAGGAUGACCUUCUUGCCCGUUUGACAAUUCGGAAGCAUUGGGAAAACGAGUCUCAUCCAUACAUUUUCUUCAAUGCUGACCGAUCCUCAAUGUCUUUCCUUGGCUUUAAUGUGCAGACAUGUCAGAGGCGAAAAACACUCAGUGCAGUUGAUCCUCACAGCAACAGGGUCCUGAUAGAAAAUGUGAUGUCAGAAGAACUUUUUCAAGGUUUGGAACGGCAAGGGAUCUCUCUCACUGAAGACUUUGAUAAGUUGCCCAGGGCGGACAAAAUCAGAAGGAUUUCAUGCGUUGUUGGUGCAAAGAAAGGAAUGCGUGACAGGAAAUUUGAUCCGGACCGAACAUAUGAGCUCACUGCUGACAAUGUGAUGAAGAUGUUGGCCAUACACAUGAGAUUCCGGUGUGGAAUUCCAGUUGUCAUCAUGGGAGAGACUGGCUGUGGAAAAACCAGAUUAGUCAGUUUCCUUUGUGCUCUGCAGAGGGAGGAAAGACCAGUACAGAACAUGGUACUUGUCAAGGUACAUGGUGGAACUACAGCAGACAUGAUUUACCGAAAGGUUAGGGAGGCAGAGAUACUUGCUGAGAAGAACAGUAGAAUGCACAAGCUAGACACCAUUUUGUUCUUUGACGAAGCAAACACCACAGAGGCCAUUUUUGCCAUCAAGGAAAUCCUGUGUGACCUAUCAAUGAAAGGGGAACCACUGAAGUCAGGCAGUGGCUUGAAAAUAAUAGCUGCUUGCAAUCCUUACAGGAAGCACUCACCUGAAAUGGUGGAACGUUUGGAACAGGCAGGUUUAGGAUACAGGGUGAAGGCAGAUGAAACAGAAGAACGCCUUGGCAAAGUCCCUCUGAGGCAGCUGGUGUACAGGGUUCAUGCUUUGCCUCCCAGCAUGGCUUCCUUGGUGUGGGAUUUUGGUCAGUUGAGUGAUUCAACUGAACGUUCCUACAUCAAACAAAUUGUCCAGAAGAUAGUUGACGACCAUCAUUUGCCAGUGGCCUGCAAGGACAUAAUAUCAAAUGUGCUUGGAGCCUCCCAGAAAUUCAUGCGAAGUCGGAAAAAUGAGUGCAGUUUUGUCAGUCUCAGAGAUGUGGAGAGGUCUAUGAAAGUGCUAGUUUGGUUUUACCAGCAUAGCGAAGUCCUUUUCAACAACUUUUCUUAUCUCCAUGAGGAUUACAAAACACUGAAGUGCUUGAUUCUUUCAGUUGGAGUCUGCUACUACCCAUCCCUGGUGGCCAAAGAGGAGUACCUCGCUGAAAUUUGUCAGUACUUUCCAGUUUUUUUCCGUUCUGCAGCAGCAUUGCAGGAAGAGAUUUCAUCCUGUCAAGACUUCUUCCUUCAAAACAUACAGACAAGGAAGACUAUAGCCAAAAAUGUUGCACUCAAAGAGAAUGUGUUUCUCAUGGUGGUUUGCAUUGAGCUCAGGAUCCCACUCUUUCUGGUUGGUAAGCCAGGCAGCUCUAAGUCACUUGCUAAAACAGUGGUUGCUGAUGCCAUGCAGGGCCAGAACUCCCACUGUGAACUAUUCAAGGAACUCAAGCAAGUUCAUAUGGUCUCCUUCCAGUGCAGUCCUCACUCAAGUCCUGAGGGGAUCAUAGGGACAUUCAAAAACUGUGCCCGCUUCCAGAAAGACAAAAACAUGGACGAGUACGUAUCAGUGGUGGUGCUUGAUGAGAUAGGAUUAGCAGAAGAUUCUCCUCAGAUGCCCCUGAAGACCCUUCAUCCUCUCUUGGAGGAUGGUUGCAUUGACAAUGAGAGGCCAGAUCCACACAUGAAGGUUGGCUUUGUGGGCAUUUCCAACUGGGCUCUCGACCCAGCAAAGAUGAACAGAGGAAUAUUUGUGUCCAGAUGGGAUCCAAGUGAAGAUGAACUUGUAGAAACUGCCAAGGGAAUUUGUUCAUCCUCCAAACAAAUUCUCCUGAAAAUCAAACAUCUCUUCCCAUCUUUGGCAAAGACCUUCUUAUGCGUCUGUACAGAGACCUCAAAGAAUCAGUUCUUUGGUCUAAGGGACUAUUAUAGCCUAGUGAAAAUGCUCUUUGCCGCAGUCAAAUCCACACAACAAGAACCAGAUGGCAGACAGUUGGUAGAGGCCAUCUUGCGUAACUUCAGUGGACAGCCAGAGGGUUUUGACCCUGUCAUAUUUUUCCAAGAGGUUCUCCAAAACUUAAUGGAAAUUCCCAGACCAAGCACCUUGGAAAUGGUGAAAAAGAAUCUUGAUUAUGACACCAAUCAGGAGAGCCGUUACCUCCUUUUGCUGACCACCAACAAUGCUGCUCUUCAUAUCCUUCAGCAACAAAUCUUUGCCAAAGGAGACUGUCCACCUCCUGAAAUUGUCUUUGGCUCAGGAUUCCCAAAGGACCAGGAAUAUGCCCAAAUCUGCCGUAACGUUAACCGGGUGAAAACUUGCAUGGAGACCGGACGCACCGUCAUCCUCCUCAACAUGCAAAAUCUUUAUGAAAGCCUGUACGACGCCUUGAACCAGUACUAUGUUUACCUCAGUAAGCAGCAGUACGUUGACCUUGGUCUCGGCUCCCACAGAGUCAAAUGUCGUGUCCAUACAAACUUCAGACUGGUGGUAGUGGAGGACCAAAAGAAGGUCUAUGAGCACUUUCCCAUGCCUCUCAUCAACCGGCUUGAAAAACACAGGGUGGAUAGGAGCACUGAUCUGGAACCAUGGCAACGCAGGGUUCUCCACAAACUGAAGGAGUGGUUGAAGGAAUUCUCAGGUGAGGCCUCAGAGGAUUUCAAGCUGUCUGAUAUUUUUGUUGGCUACCAUGGUGAUGCCUGUGCCAGUGCUCUCCUGCAAGCACUAGAAAUGAGAGCGCAAAAAGCUGAAGACAGUGCAGUACAACAGAAUGAAAAAGAUAACACACUGGAAGAAGAUGAACCAAAUGAAACACUUGAAUCAAAUUCAAACAGCCAGAAAGAGGUAACAGAUAUGGAGGACGAGCAGAUGGGGGAUGCAGUUGACAUAGAGAAUGGUGGAGAAGACAUUGAGUCACUGGAAAAGAAUGAUGAGGAAUCUACUGAGGUAUUUGAUGACGAGACUAAAGUGAUGUCUGAGAGCGAAGAAAUGAUGGAGACUGAAAACGAUGUUGGGUCUGCAGGGGAAAACGAGGAAGAAGUCUUGGAUUUAGCUAAAUGUCUCUUGUUGAACUGUGCCACCCCUGAUGCUGUGGUGAGGCUCAAGGAUUCAGAUUUAGCAAACCAGGAGAAGGAGAAGCUCCAGAGAAUGUACUUCCAACAGCAGCAUCACCACUCUCUCCGAGACUUCCUGGAAGAUUGCUUGAACAAGUAUCGGGGGUUCAGCAAGUUUCUAGAGAUAACAACGUUCUCCAGCUUGUUAACCAGAUCAGAUGUCAAGGUUGUAGCCCAUGCCCUAGGACUGCACACAGACACAAUCCUCCUGCUCUCUCUCCACCAGUUUGACACCGAGGUCUCCUUCUGCAACAAGAUACGGGGCUUCCUUCAAGAUGCUGGCCACUCUCUUCACAUCCUGUUAAUCCAGAUGGACCUCGAGGAAUCCCACUGCAGUGAUGAGCUCAUAGCAUCAGCAAAAUAUUGCACCAUGAAUUACCUGAUGUCACUGGAGGAUCAGACCUGUUGGGUGAUUUUCAUUGUGAAGGUUUCUAGGAUCCCAAGUCAGUCUCAGUACAUUGGUUUCCAAGGAGGAGUCUGGCACUCAGUACAUAUUGAUGACCUGAGGGAUUCAGAGGACAUGAGCUUAAACCUGUUGGGUUUUUGUGGAACUCUCAUUAGCAACCUACUCAACCCUGCACCAUCAGAACACCCUGAAGAUGGUGAAACAGUGAGGAAAACAAAUGACUCUCAGGCAGAUAGAGCCCACCUCCAUAGCCUAUCCCUAGUGAGAUCAUGUAUCCAAAAAGCUGUGGGUUUGCUGAGAGACACCAAUGGCGUUACAUCACGAAGCAUGCAGCGAAUGCACAUCCUUCUGACUCUUCUGGGAAAUCGUCAAGGGAAAAUAGGAGCUCACUUUCAGGAGGUGUUGUUGAGUAGACUGGCAAAGGCUCUGGCACAGAGAGAAGAAAGGAUGGGCUCGCCUAAGGAGUGGGUGAGCAGAGAAGCCAAGAAACGCCAGGCUCUGCAGGAGGGGGGAACUCUGAGACACACCCUGUGGCGCUGUCUUCAGUCCAGCGUGACUCCAGUCUUGGCCAGCAUGUUGGAGGUUAUGGACAGGUUUGCCAAUCUGGACCUGCUCUCUGAUGACAGGCUCAGCGAGGGCCUGAUAAAGCUGUGGUUGGACAUCCUGGAAGAUUCACAGAUUUUAGACCUAGCACCUCUCCAAAGCCCGAGCGAGUCAGACCAAGAGGUGCUUGUGAACCACUACUUCAUGUUGGAUGGUGAAGAACAACCCUGUGCUGCUGCUUUCAGCUGGCUCAUCCAAAUGCACCUUGAAAGCCUCUGGGAAGAAUCCGAAUUCAUGCCAGUAACAAGAGAAGAUGGCACAGAGAGGAUUCUCCAGUUUGUGAGCGCCUUCAACAACAGCAGGCUGGGCAGUCACUUACAGAAACUCUCAGAUGAGGAGAGACUGGAGUAUGGCCACUACUUUCUACAAGACUUUCUGCUGCUUUCUUUGAAGAUCAAGUCAAAGGACGAGCUUAGGGUGUUCACCAGGGCCAUGUUGGGCUGCGUGUCUGAGCUUCAGACAUCCAUGGGUGCCGUGACUGACCUCUCUCCUGCUUGGAUAAUGGCUGCUGCCAAACAUUUUGCCCCCAGACUGGACACACUCUGCCACAUAUUUCUGCUGCUGCCCCAGCUAGCCGCUGACGUCUUUCAGCAGGGGUCAAAGAGGGAGCCCCAAGAAAUGGUGGAGGACAUUUUAGCUCUUGGUGUCUGCGUGGAGCAGACCAGACUGCUGACUUUGACGUCCGUGCAAGAGUGCAAGUCCUUUGUGAGCAGAGUGGAGUUUCUGCAGCCAUGUCUGGAUAGGGUGUUUGGUCAGAGAUACAGUGCACUCUGUAGCCGUAGCACUGUGCAACAUCUGGACUCCAUCAGGUCACUGUGGCAGGGGAUGCUGGUUGUUGCAUCUUUCAUCCAGCACGUAAUUUUUAAAGUUAAACAGAAUGACUCAAGAUUGAAAGAACUGACUCUCAAACACUGCAACCUUCACCUAAAUCUGAUGCAGGCGUCACCUGAUGUAAGGAGCGUGGACACACUGCAGCAGCUCAUCCGGAUCCUCAAUUCUUUUCAUAAUGAGGGCAUCAGCAGGGAGCUGAGGUUUGGCAUUCAUUGCCCAGUUUGCCUGUCGGAGCUCACAGAGCCGUCCGUCCUGCCCUGCCAGCACGUCUUCUGUUUGCCGUGUCUCCAACAGUGCAUUCAGCCGCACAGACGUUCAUGCCCUAAAUGCAGGACAGACCUGCCGCCCGACUUCAAUCCGACUGUUUCUGACACCAUCAAGGCAGCACUUGAACAGCAGGCAGCGAUCAGAGGCUGCUGUAACUCCUUCUUCCUGGAGGUGGUGUCCAGGUUCUGUCUAUCAGAGGGGCAGAGGCCCGGAGAGGGAGUGGUGGAGCUGCUCUUCUCCUUACUUGUCUUUGCUAAAGGCGAUGUGUACAGGACCAGAGAGCUCACGCCCUUCCUGGAGUGUGUGGAUAACAGUCCAGUGGUGCGAUCUGUGCUGCCAAAACUGCUGCUGCAGUACAGUUUUGACCAGGUGAAGGGUCACAUUCAGAUCUACCUAAAGAAUCUGGAGGAGAAUCUUCUGACCAGAGAAGACCAUACUGAACUCUACCUGCUGUUUGUCAACUGCUUCCAGGACUCUCUGUUGUGCUCAGAAGCGAGAGAAGUGCAACAGAGCACAGAACAGCAAAGGCAAGAAGAAACUAGUUUCCUGAGCCGGAUGGCCAGUAAACAGACUCCAGACAGAAAAGAAGACCCAGCAGAGUUCCUGCUCAACAUCGCCAGGCUGAGAAUAUGCCUGAGCAAUGCUGCUCGGCUGCUGGGGAAAGCUGCACGUCAAGGCAGACAUGGAGUGGAGGCUCAGUACCUGCUGCAGGUGAAGGCAGUGUGUGAGUACUGUGGUAAUGACUGGCACAGGGUUUACCUGCUUCGAGCCCUCCACAGGCUCUCUGGUGUGGACUGCAUACUGUCCCUGAUGAACAAUCCGGCCUGGAGAUGGGUCUUCCCUGCUGAUCUACUUCGACUUCAGAGGUCGAUUCCAACCAACGUGGACCAGUUCCUCUGCUGCGGGACGCCUUACCGAGCUAUGAGAGACGCCGUGGCUCAUGUUCUGCUGGAAAACAGAUCUGACAGCUUCAUGACAGAAAUACAGAAGCUGAGAGGUUCUCAGAUCAGCCUCCUGGCCCUGGCCUUGUUCAGACAGGUCACCUGCCGCUACAAAUCACCUGAGGUCAACCUGCGUCCCUCCCCACAGGAGACGGCAAGACUGAAAGAACUCCUGAAAAACGUCAAGUUGUCAGAGGAGUUCGAGGCUUUCUGCGAUGCACUUCUGUCAAAUCAGAUUGGUGGACCGGCCUCAGAUCUCCACAUCAACAGAAAUCUUCCCCUUCAGAGACAAACACUGGAGCUGCUGGUCCAUCUGGACUCCGUGCUCCUCGGUGGAAAUCCUCUACUGGUUCCUCUUCAUCAGAUAGCAUCCCAGCCUCAGAACGUUACAAACUCCUUUCUGCCGACCAUGCCCGAUGAUCACACGAGUGAAGUCAGACAGUGGAUGAGCAGAGAGAGAACACAGAUGUACUAUUGCGCCAACAGACAUCCAUGCUUCGUGGGAGAGUGUGGUAGACCCGUGGUUAUCUCAAAAUGUGCAGACUGUGGACUUCCUGUUGGUGGGCAGAAUCACAACCCAGUUUCUGGAUUUACUAAACACAUGGGACAAAGUGUCGUCGAUCAAACUCGGACAGGACACAUAAUAGGAGAGGCCUGUCGGAGAUCUGAAGCUCCUGAAAGACAGAUGACUUAUGCUCAGUCCUGCAUCCUGCGGCUGCUUACACACCUCGCCAUGCUUCAAGGCGCUUUAAGAGAUAACAGAGGAGUCAGUAACAUGAUCCACCCCAGGCCCCGUGAUGUUCUCAACUUCCUGUGGGACCACCUUGAAAAGGACAUGACUGGAUUGGGGCAGGCGCUGGAUCAGAACAUGGACAACACAGCAGUUACUGUUCAUUUGAUUCUCAAUACCUGCACAAAGUUCUCUACAGGUUCCCAUGGCACGGGGCGGGAUCUGUCCUCCAGACAAGGACGGCAACAGUGGGAGAAGCUCGUCUGUGAUUCUGCCAUCAAUCCAGUACUUCAAGAUUUGCAGAAGAAUCUGGCUGAAGCUCAGGAAAGAAUCGGUGCUGAUGAUGGACUUGCUGGAAGUCCCCUGAUGAAUCUCCUUUACAGGGAUCCUGGGAAAAUCAUGUCCCUCCCCUCUGACUGCCCGACGCAUCGCUCCUCCUUCUGGACUCUUCCCGAGAUGAUGACAGUGGAGCGCUUCUCUCAGUUGGUGGGAGAACCUCUGGGACGCAGCUCGUUACCCCUGCUGGUCACGUUUCUCGAGAAGAUACACUGUGUGAGGCAGUUACAUCACCUACCUGAGCUGGCUGCUUUACAGUCGGACCUGCUGAGGGUGUUUCCUCUGACGUCAGACUCUACACCUCCGACUAUUGCACUGAUGUUACAGCAGAUACCAGCAGGACACCAGAAGAAGAUGCUGCUUGAGAGAGUGGAGACAUUCAUCAAGGUGUGGAACUGCCUCAGAGCCGAGUUGGCGAACAACUCAGCAGACUUGGGUGUGGAUGUGAACUUGUGUGAGAAGGAGGUGACAUCCGAGAGCUCCGGGGAGUUUCUGAUACCGUGUCGACACGGACCGGGGUCGUGUCUGCGAACCCUCGUAGACUUCCUGUUGGAGACUCACAACAGCCUGGUGAGAGCGGCCAGGAGCGUGAGCCUCCAGGAGGACAGUGAAUACAGCGUUCCUUUAGAGAGGAUAUCAGAAACCCAGCUGACCCUGUGCCACCCAGAAAGAGAGCUGCUCCCUCUGGUUUUAGCCCACUGCCACUACACCUUGAAGAAAGGUGGGGAGACAGACAGCAACUACGACCUGAAAGGCAUCCAAACCCAGCUGGCCCGCCGCUUCCUGGCUGGAAAACCUCUUAUCAAAGCGGACACCUCGAGGUACUUGAACAGACAUCUGCAGGAUUUCUCUGUGGUUCUAACUGAGGUCAGAAGCAAGAUUCAUCAGGAGCCGCUGAAGGGUUCGGUGAGCAGUGCCAUGAGAACGGUGCUGCGUUCAUACACAGAUGUUUGCGAUGCUGUGUAUGUGCUGGAGAUCGGCCUUCGCUUUCUUGGCAAGACGGGCGGGGAUCCUCAGGGGCCUCUUUUGUCCUACCUCACUGAUUCGCUGCAGAUGGACCCACAGAUUUCCAGCACUGUAGCCAAGGGUCUUGGAGAGAGCAAACUGGAACACAGCAUAUUCACCUGGCAGCUCUUGACUUGUUGGAAAUCUGAGCUUAUGCUGAACAGAAAACAAGACCCGUUUUGGAGGCUACCCUCAGAGUUUCAGCAGAGGCUCUCUGAAGAGCAGAGGAAAGGGCUGAAGGUGUUCCUCGCUCUCACAGAUGUUGACAUUUUCUCUUUGGAGCUGCAUGAAAUUCUGCUGUUGAAGACGAGCAACGCCAUGCCGGACGAGGGAUACCAGCCACACUGGGACAUCAGGUCCACCUUAGAGGUCCAUUUGGAGGGGAAAGACCUUCCACCUCUGUUGGGACUCGAGUCUUUACCAGAGGACAUCGCCCUCAGACAAGGGGCUGACGUGUGGAGGGCAGCUGUAGAGUUUAAAAGAAGAUAAAUGAUUUCUACAGACGGCUGAAUUAUUACUGAUAUUUUUCUUUUAUGUGAUUGUCGUUGUUGUUGAUAUUUAACUAAUGGGAUAUAUUUGUUAUAUUACGAUCGACUGUUUCAUUCCAUAUGCAAGGAUGCGUUUUGAUUAUCUGUGCAUUUCUGUGAUGUAAAUAUUGUAAAUGUAAAGUUUUGUCUUAUUUGUUAAAGGUUCAGAUUAGAGAGAGUGUGAUUGAGAAGAGAAGUAAAUACAUUUGAAGCAGACCUACUUUUAUCCAAUAUGUUAAGUUCAAUCUGUUAAUGAGGCGUCAGGGAACAAUCAAUUCAUUAAAUGUGAAUAAAUGUGUAUUCUCUGA